UAAAUAUCUACUGCUAAAUUGUGAAUCAAAUGUGUAAAGCUAUAAGACCAACCAAUCAUAUCCAUAAUAUUUCAUUUUUUGUUAAUACAUAAAAUCGUUAUUUUAAUAAUUAAUAAUAUAAAAGUACUUAUAUACUAGAAUUCAUACUAUUUUUUUAUGUAUCAAAUAAAAAAUGUAACAAUCACUAUACAAAAAUGCGCCAAUCAAUAUUGAUAGUUAAGCUAAAAUUUAUUAUAUAUGUUUUAUGUGAUAUAAUAUAAAUUUAUAUAGUAAAUAUUGAAAUUCAUGAAUAUCGUAUACAAGUUUUUUAUAAAAUUAAAAGAAAUGCAGUUUAUAUGUAACUUCUUAUAAAUAAAAAUAGUAUUAGUAAGAAAAAUACAUUUAAAAUGAUCUAAAACGCAUGCAAAAUUUUUACUAGAUGAGAGUGAUAUGAAGACGGAGAUAGACUGGAUACCAUCGAUAAACACCAUACAGCUAAAAGACUUUCCAGACUUCAUCAUCGAGACAGAUCAUCAACACCUCAUGCUCAACUUCAUCACCCACGUCACCCAAUCAUCCAAACGCGCUUCCGCUAUAAUCAUCAACACAUUCGAAAACCUCGAACACGACGUCGUCUCAUCUCUCCAAUCAAUUCUCCACCCACGUAUCUACCCAAUCGGACCGUUACCGAUCCUCGAAAACCGGGCAAUUAAAAAAGACAGCGAGAUCGGACGGUUGAGAUUAAAUCUAUUCGAAGAGGAAACCGAAUCUUUAAUAAAUUGGCUCGAUACAAAGGGGAGGAAGCGUGUGGUUUACGUUAACUUCGGGAGCAUAACGGUUUUAACGAGGGAACAGGUUCUAGAGUUCGCGCGGGGGUUAGCGAUGAGCGGGAAGGAGUUUCUCUGGGUGGUGAGAUCGGAUCUCCCGGCGGAGUUUCUCUCCGAGACGGUGGAUCGUGGGAAGGUUGUUACGGGGUGGUGUUGUCAGGAGGAGGUGAUUUCGCAUCCUGCGAUCGGAGCGUUUUUGACUCACUGUGGAUGGAAUUCGACUGUGGAGAGUGUGGUCUCCGGUGUUCCGAUGAUCUGUUGGCCGUUUUUCGCGGAUCAGUUGACGAAUAUGAGGUUUUGUUGCGGGGAGUGGGGGUUGGGGGUGGAGAUUGGGGGGGAGGUGAGGAGGGAGAGGGUGGAGGCGGUGGUUAGGGAGGUUAUGGAUGGAGUUGAGGUGAGGGAGAAUGUUGAGGAGUGGCGGUGGGUGGCGGAAGAAGCUUCGGUGUCACCGUGUGGUUCGUCGUUUGUUAAUUUCGAGACGGUGGUUAAUGAAGUGCUUAUGGGUGACGGUUAGAGCGCAAAUUUUUUUGUUUAUAUGUCUCUCACUGUCAUCUGAGCUGGUUUGAAUGAAAAUAAACUCAGAUUUUCUAAAUAAAAUCACAGUUCAAAAAUAUACCUGCAAUGAUGUAUACUUUUUUUUUCUUUGUUUCUCACUUUGUUAUAUAUAUAGGCAGACCCUGAGAUUUAAGAGGC